AUGCAAGCAUUCCUACAGACCCUACAAGUAUACGACAACGAAAGAGGCAACAAACCAUCCUAUUUCGUCACCGAAGAGGACUGCAAAUUCUUCCUACAGCAAGCCAAAAUCCUUCAAGACCGAGCGGCCUACAUACGUCAAGAAUGGGCUAGACUUGAGGCCUUACAAGCUACUCAGUCAGCACUACCUACCCCGCCAGCUCAGCAAUCCACUCAGUCAAUCACUCAGCAAGCCACUCAGCCAAUCACUCAGCAAGAGGAGGAACCACUACAACAGGCAAAUGCGGAGAACACUGCGGAGAAGAUUGCGGAGAACACUGUGGAGAACACUGCAGAGAAACCAAGCGGCAGUAAGGCCCCCAUCACCAAGAACACAGGUCUACUCUCCACGCUCCCAUGUCGAAUCGCCACUCAGCAAACGGAGAACACCACUGCAAUUUGGCCUGUUAUCCCCACUGCAUUGAUAUGGUACAUCACUGCGAUGACGUCACAAGAGGAGGAUCUACUGCGACGAUCACAGCCAAUUGGGCCCUCUACAGGAGGAAGUUCGGACGAUACAUAUUUGGACGAAUUGAAACCGUCCGAUGUCUUGCUUCAACAUCCAUUUCAUUAUUCAAAAGCUUUCACUGCGGCAGGAGAUUUCGCGGGAUGCACACCACUAAUUAGCCUGGCAUCUCCAUUCAUUUCCGGCAUUCGAAGAAUCAUGCAUGCAUACUUCUUGCCAUGA